AUGGCAUUAAAAGUUCAAGACAAGAGCUCUGUUAAAGAAGAAGAUUUGAAUACCAUUAUACGUAUGGCAAUGGAUAGCAUAUCUAUUUUGAGUAGCGGAAUUUUAGAAAUGAAUCAAUUGAGAAGAGAUAGCUUGAAACCAGAUAUGAAUAAUAAUUUUAAGAUGUUGUGCAAUAUGAGCCAGCAUUUAGACACUGGUAGUUCUGAGUGGUUUCUUGGAAAUGAUUGGGGGAAAAGGUUAAAGAAUUUAAGGAUUCCAGUCAAGUUGGUGUUGUGGCCAGCACUAGUAAUGGACCAAUUAGACAUAAAAAGGAAAGAUCCUACCAUAAUAAUACUUCCUACUCUCCAUAUACGGCUCCAAGAUUCAGGCAAAACACUUUUUUAUCUCAAAAUCAGGCCGGGAGUAGGACCGGCAACCAGAACCAAACCUUUCAUCGUUUUCCAAAAAAAACCAGAAGUUUCGCAAAGGUUACUCAAGCAAGCAAAAUUAAGACAAUCUUUGGUUAAUUGGUUGACCAUUCGAAAAUUUUCUCAGUUAAUUGGAUUAAUAGUAGCUGCUCAACCUGGAGUCAAAUAUGCUCAGUUAUAUUAUCGUUGUUGUGAUAAUUAUAAAACAGCCAUGUUAAAGCUACAUCAAGAAUGUUUGUUGGUUCAUGGUUCCAACUUUGAAGUCUCAUGUGACCGGAAGCUCACGUCAUAA